AUGGCAGAAGAGGUGCAGGAGUCGCUGCAACACCUUUCCACCCAGGAACAAGUCGAGGACUAUCCCGUGGAACCCCCACUCAAACGUGGGACUUCCUUUAACGCUGACACAGCAGCAGCAGCAGCAGUAGAAGAAGACGGGGAUGAUUUCAUGCCCGGGCCAACGUCGGAUUUGGCAAGAGCCUCUUCGGAACCCAUUGGCAGCCCAGGCAAGUCGCCCUUUCGUCAGAAACGACGACUGGGACGCAAGAGUCUACGCCAACAAAAUCCUAGUCAUCCCUUGCAUUCCUUAUUGCCAGAGGAAAUGCAAGAAACGGAAACUACAGAUGAACAGUCUGCCCUUGCCAGGGCCAAAGCGAAACGCAAACGGUUGCUCGAACGAAGACAAAAGGGACUCCCGUUGGAGGAGAGUGACGAGGAAGAAGAAGAAGGAGAAGAAGAAGAACAGCAAAAGGAGGCAACCACCGACAACAAGGAAGAGGAAGAACAACAAGUCAACAAGGUAUUAGAAGAAACUGUUGCUCAUCAUCAUUCCAGAAAGGAUUCCGUUGCCUCAUUUGCUUCUUCCAUAUCAUCAGGACCAUUGAUUCCACCUGCAGUACCAGCCGUACCAACUGCCAAUCCAAACAACUUGGAUCGAACCAACAGCAGCUACAGCAACAAUAGUAAUCAAUAUACCAGUUGUUCUGCGGAUGGAUCCCCUUCCAAGAAUCCUAUAAAUCUCGACAAGUUCUUUCAAAUGGAACGACAACAAUCCUAUCGACACCAACACCAGCAGCAAAAACUCAAGCAUCAACCACAGCAACAACAAGACCAAGAUCAAUAUUUACAACAAGAACAAGAACAACAUCCUCCAACACCACCAUCCUCUCCUAUGAAACUCCGCAACAGCACUGCCGCCGCCAUGGAUAACAUUGACAAAUUAAUCUCCUCCUAUUCCUUUGACUCCGAGAAUAAUGAAAAUGAUGAUGUGACUUCUUUGGAAGGCAGUCAGACCGUCAAUAGUCAAACGACCAAUGUUUCCAACACGCCGGCAUUGUUCAAGGGAUAUCAAGAAACACUUGCCAGGCAGCUUUCCGAACUUCAUAAAUUGUGCGAACAAGACAAUCAUGUCGAUGCAGAAGAGGAUGAUGCACAUUCGACCUUUACGAAUCCUGACAAUAUCAGCAACAGCAAUAACAACAACAACAGCAACAACAACAACAACAAUACGAAGGGCAGGCGGCAAAGCCUAGCAUCCUCCGCAUCGGACCAUAUUUUGCACAAGGAAGAAGAAGAGGAAGAAGAAGAGGAAGACUCCGCCGAGGACGACCAAGAAGCAUCCGAGGAGGAGAAAGAAGGAGAAGACUCGAGUCAACAACUACAAGACACUGCUGCCACUACUGCUACUACGAACAAGAGUGACUUUCGUCGGGUGCCUUCCCCCACCUCGGAAUUGCCGUCCAUUCAAGAAGUCAAUCAUGAUGCUGCUCUUCCUACUAUUGCCACACAGCAGCAGCAGCAGCAGCAACAGCAGCAGGAUGCUCCACCAAUAUCCCAGACCAUGGAUCGCGACUCAUUGGAAGAGGUACUAGAACAAGAGGAGGCUGAAACCAACAACGAAGCUUUGGCAGAAAUGAAAACACCCAAAAAGAGCAAUCUAUCACCAAAAGAAGAAGAAGACGACACUAGUGAUGAUGAUGAAUCAGAUCUAGAAGACUUGUAUCAAGACAACAACGACAAGUGGGGCAAGGCCGACAUGAAGGGUGAAUCGGCGGAAGUCAUGGAACAGGACGACGACGACGACAAUCACGUGUCCACUACGGCAAAGGUAGCAUUGGCUGCCGUGGCUGUGGUGGCAGGAUUCUGUGUACGAACCUUCAGUCGACAUCGAUAA